CUCUCUUAAAGGAAAUUAUAUUGAUACCUUCUUCUCAUUAUUUAUUAUUAUAAAUUUUUUUUUUGCAUGAAUCCAAACCCUAACAUUGAUUUCUCUCACCUUUGUUUUCUUUUAUUUUUACAAAAAUCAACAAAGUUCUUCGAACGGCAACUAUCCAUGGACGCGCGUCGUAUGUCACGAGCCGUCCCCAGAGUCCGCCAAGUCGGCUUCUUCACUCCUAACACGCCGGCUCAGCAGCCUCAGCCGCAAUCAGCCGCUCCAAGCUCCGAAUCGCCUCCACUCUCUGAUUCUCCUGCCAGCAACUCCCUCUCUCCCGUCAUGAUACCGCCGCCGCGUCACCUCUCCGACAACCUUGGCGGACGCACCGCCGCUGUGCCCGUUCCUGGACGGGAAAUCUCUGGAGAGCUUCCUACCGUUGGAAGUUACAACCCUUCGGAGUCAGUGUUGUGGUUGGAUUCACCGCCUCGUAGUCGAAUUGGUGACGAAGAGCUCUCGGAGGGGGCAGAGUCGUCGUUGGGAUGGUAUCGGAGGAGUGAUUCAGCAAAAUUUGCCUCAAGUCUUCCCAGUGGCGGUUUCAAUUUGUCUACAGCGAAGCAUCCGGAAAGUGUUGCUGCAGUGGAAGCUAAGAAUCCAUUACCUGAACAAAGUGAAGUGCAAAAGGAGCAAGCAUCAAGUUCAAAGCCUCUAAAAGCGAAAACAACAAAAGCUGAGAGACGUGCCUUGCAGGAGUCUCAACGGGCUGCUAAAGCUGCUUCUAGAGCUGAGGCAAAUAAAUCUGGUACACCUGGGGGAGCACCUUCUUCUAAACCCAUGAAGCAGCCACCACAAAAGAAAGAUGGCCCUCCAGUUGCAUCUUCAAUUGCAGCUUCUGAAAGAAUAGGAGUUGAUCGGUCAGUGGAGAAAGAGAGGAAGAAAGAUCUUCCUCCUCCACGUAAGCAAUUUGAUGAUGAGAGUCGUGGGGGUAGGGCUAAAAGGCGAUCUGUGUUGAAUCAACCUGAAGCUAGGAAUAGAGUUGAACUCUUUCGCCAUCUGCCUCCACACAAAAAUGGAACUCAGCUUCCUUCUUUGGAGUCGAAAUUUUUUGAACUUCAUGAGAAGCAUCCUGCUGUGUACAAGGUUGGAUUGCAGUAUUUGGCUGGAGAUUUGUCAGGAGGAAAUGCACGUUGUAUUGCAAUGCUGCAGGCAUUUCAGGAGGCUAUCAGAGACUAUUCCACACCACCUGAAAAAACCCUCACCAGAGAUUUAACUUCCAAAAUUGGUGGUUUUGUUUCUUUUCUGAUUGAAUGCCGCCCACUUUCUAUGAGUAUGGGAAAUGCAAUCAGGUUUCUGAAGAGUCGUAUUGCCAGGUUACCACUAACUCUCUCUGAAUCAGAAGCAAAAACAACCCUUUGUUCUGACAUUGAUCGUUUCAUAAAUGAGAAGAUAGUGCUUGCUGAUAAGGUGAUACUUAGACAUGCUGCUACAAAAAUCAGAGAUGGCGAUGUUCUUCUGACAUAUGGAUCAUCAUGUGUUGUUGAAAUGAUUCUUUUGUAUGCCCAUGAGCUUGGGAAACAGUUUCGUGUUGUGGUGGUAGACUCGCAUCCGAUGCUUGAAGGCCAAAAGCUACUUCGUAGGCUGGUGGUAAAGGGACUUAGUUGUACUUAUACUCAAUUAAAUGCUAUUUCUUAUGUCAUGCACAAAGUCACUCGAGUUUUUCUUGGGGCUUCCUCUAUAUUUUCUAAUGGGACUGUAUAUUCGACGGUUGGAACUGCAUCUGUUGCUAUGGUUGCUCAUGCAUUCCGUGUUCCAGUUUUGGUCUGCUGUGAAGCAUAUAAAUUUCAUGAAAGGGUGCAACUUGAUUCAAUCUGCUUUAAUGAGUUAGGUGAUCCAGAUGCCAUAUCAAAGGUCCCAGGAAGAGUGGAUGUGAAUUAUUUGGAUAACUUGACUGAUAAACAGAAGGAAAACCUUGAACUUCUUAAUUUAAAAUAUGAUGCCACUCCUUCAGAUUACAUCUCAGUGAUUGUCACAGAUUAUGGCAUGAUCCCUCCCACAAGUGUGCCUGUCAUUGUGCGUGAGUAUCGGAAGGAGUACUUGUUGAUAUAGAGUUCUCAGAUGUUUUUGCCGAAGUAAAGCUCUUAACAUAGAUUCAUAAAUGGAUUCAUUUUCGGGAAGACGGAUCUAUGAUUUAUGCUACUUUAGUCACUUAGUUUAGUACCUUUCUUGUUCAUUCUUUACAUCAAAAUCAUAAUUUUAUGCCAUUGUCAAAUUAACUCAAUUCUUUAAAAGCCUACUGUAUCUGUAAUGGUAAUUUUGGCGUUUGUCGUGUUGGAUGAUAAAAAAAAAUUCCAUGUAUAUGCAAUGCUUGAUUGCAAGUUA